CAAUCUUUUCGCGAUUGCUAUUCUGUGGCACACACAGUCGCCCGCACAGGAGACGCACCGGACACGUACAUGCUGCAGGCGCGCGAGCCGAGCCAGGACCCAGGGGCCGCGCGGCAUCCCUCCUCCGACAAGUCAUGGAUUUAACCCAGUGAGAGCCGCCGGACAUGCCCCGAAUUGUGUGAUAUCUGGAAGCUGAUCCUCUGUUACCCCCCCACCCCCUCCUCCUCCUUUUUGUAUUUAUUUCCUCCCUGCUUGGAUCUAGGGAGUAGAGUUUCCCCUCUUUAGCAGUUGCCAUGGAUUUUACUAACAGCUCAUGUGGGGAGAGCGACCACAGACAGAUAGAGGAGAGCAAGCCACUGCUGGGGGAGAUGUCUGCUCCGGAGGGGGGCAAGAUGGGAGCUGUGCCCUGCAGGAGAUCCAUGCUGCACUUCAAUGGGAUGAGGUACAAACUGCUGCAAGAGGGAGACAUCCAGGUCUGUGUCAUCAGACACCCCAGGACCUUCCUGAGCAAGAUCCUCACCUCCAAAUUCCUGAGGAGAUGGGAACCCCACCACCUGACCCUGGCAGACACCAGCCUGACCUCUGCUACACCUACAGGGUACAUGGAAAAUAGCAUGCCAUACAGCGCCAUUGAGGAUGUCCAGCUGCUGUCCUGGGAGAAUGCUCCAAAAUACUGUUUACAACUUUCGUUUCCAGGGGGGACUGUCCUACUCCAGGCUGCAAACAGUUAUCUGAGAGACCAGUGGUUCCAUUCUUUGCAAUGGAAGAAAAAGAUCUACAAGUACAAAAAGGUCUUGAGUAACCCAAAUCGCUGGGAGGUUGUGUUGAAGGAGAUUAGGUCCUUGGUGGAUAUGGCACUGACGUCCCCAUUGCAAGAUGACUCCAUCCACCAGGCACCACUAGAAAUUGUCUCCAACCUACUAUCAGAGAACAUUAACCUAACCACUCAGGAGCAUGAAAGCAUAAUUGUGGCUAUUGCUCCUCUCUUAGAAAACAACCACCCUCCUCCUGAUCUCUGUGAAUUUUUCUGCAAGCACUGUAGAGAGCGCCCCCGUUCCAUGGUGGUCAUUGAAGUCUUUACUCCAGUUGUUCAGAGAAUCCUCAAGCACAACAUGAUGUACUGGAUCUGUUUUACCGGCUUGGAUACCUCUCUCUAUCUGCUGGUGGAGGUUGGAAAACACCUGCAUUUGCAGGACUUUGGGAAGUGUCCUCGGUUACGUCUGUUCACUCAGGAGUAUAUUCUGGCACUAAACGAACUGAAUGCAGGAAUGGAAGUGGUGAAGAAAUUUAUACACAGCAUGCACGGACCCACCGCAAACUGUCCACACCCUAGAGUCCUACCAAACCUGGUCGCCGUGUGCCUAGCUGCCAUUUAUUCCUGCUAUGAAGAAUUUAUUAACAGCCGGGACAAUUCACCAAGUCUAAAAGAAAUCCGGAACGGCUGCCAGCAGCAAUGUGAUCGCAAACCUAAUAUUCCCUUAAGGCUCCUCCAUACCAACCCGGACCUUGUCUCUCAAGAGGUGACGUCAGCCGAAUCUCGACACAAGCCAGUUAUUGUCACAUCAAAUGAGAUCCACGUGGAGGUUGAGCGCAACAACACGGUUAAUCAGAAGCUAAAGGCCAACACUGGCAAUGACAGCGAGCCUAACUUGAUUGACUGUCUGCUCAUCAGCCCAGCUUGUAGCACCAUGAACAUAGAACUGAGCCCACAAGCUGAACGAGUGCUGGGGUGCUAUGUGGAAAUCCUAAAAAUACUGUCAGAUUAUGACGAUUGGCGGCCAGCCCUGGCAAGUUUGCUGCAACCCAUCCCAUUUCCCAAGGAAGCUCUUGCCCAUGAAACCUUCACAAAGGAACUGAAAUACGUCAUUCAGAGAUUUGCAGAGGACCCCAGGCAAGAGGUCCACUCAUGUCUCUUAAGCGUCAGAGCUGGGAAAGACGGUUGGUUCCAGCUGUACAGCCCCGGAGGGGUUGCCUGUGAUGACGACGGUGAACUUUUUGCCAGUAUGGUACGUGUCUGCAAUAAUGUUCACAUUUUAAUGGGCUCGUGCUACAAGACUAAGAAAUUCCUUCUGUCGCUGGCGGAAAACAAGCUGGGGCCGUGCAUGUUACUUGCCUUGCGAGGAAACCAGACCAUGGUGGAGAUUCUAUGUCUGAUGCUGGAAUACAACAUCAUAGAAAACAAUGACACACAGCUGCAGAUCAUCUCUACCCUGGAGAGCACAGACGUAGGGAAGAAGAUGUACGAGCAGUUGUGUGACAGACAGCGGGAGCUGAAGGAGUUGCAAAGGAAAGGAGGACCCACUCGCCUAACACUGCCAUCCAAGUCUACGGAUGCCGACCUGGCCAGACUACUCAGUUCCGGCUCUUUUGGAAACCUAGAAAACCUCAGUCUGGCCUUCACCAAUGUAACGAGUGCCUGCGCCGAGCAACUCAUCAAGCUGCCUUCUCUCAAACAGCUCAACCUGUGGUCAACUCAGUUCGGAGAUGCUGGGCUGCGGGUUUUGUCCGAGCAUCUCACUGCGCUGCAAGUUCUCAACCUGUGUGAAACCCCUGUUACGGACGCUGGGCUGCUGGCACUGAGCUCUAUGAAGAGCCUCUGCAGCUUGAAUAUGAACAGCACCAAACUGUCAGCAGACACCUACGAGGAUCUGAAGGCAAAGUUGCCAAACCUCAAAGAGGUUGACGUGCGCUAUACAGAAGCCUGGUGAUUCCCCUCUAGCCUUGAAGAAGGACAUUCUCACUUUGGCUGCAAGUCGGAAAAUUAAAAAAUAAAAAACUGUAGAGCAAGAAACGUCUUGGACUACAAAUGUGUCUUUUUAAGUUUAGAGGUCAUUUUUAAUGUAGGGAGGAUGGACUCGUACAGAUACUCACAGCUUAAGAAAACGAAUUUCAAGAUUAAUCUAAUUUAACGGAUACCAAGACUUUGUACCUGCGAGAAGAGGAAACCUUUGUGGAUUUUUUUUUUUUUAUUAUUAUUAUUAUUUUUUAUUCGCAUACGUGUUCAUGCUGUGUAGGGGAAACAUUAAGAACGCAUAUGUUUUAUGUACUUAUUUUUAUUUUAUUUUUUUAUUUGGUUUGAUCAGAUGGACUCCUGCUUUGACCUUUCGCGGCGUGACAAGAACUAGCAAGUUCCGAAGCGCGGCAACAAUGAUUGUCUUUAUCUUUGCACCUUUUUUUUUUUUUUUUUCUUGACCUGCAAAAUUCAUAUUGUUGUAAAUAGGAUUUACGUCAUUCACCUAUUUAAAAAAAAAAAAAAGAAAAUGGUUCACACUCAGCGGGUCUGGGACCUGCUUUUUAUUUAUGAAAUGUAAUUUUUUUUUUUUUUUGCAGAUAGAACUGUACAAAGUAGUUUGUCGCUGUCUUGUUGACUGUGUUAUUAACGUAUGUGUAUUGUUUUUUUGCUUUGAUUUCAGAGGAGGAAGCUUUCUUGAAUAAAUACCAUGGUUAAUGUACUGUGUAUUUGAUAUAAAUAUAUGUAUAUAUCCCCUCAGCUACAUGCUGUGUCGAUAGCGGGGGGGAUACAGGAAAAAAAAAAAAUCAUUGCACUUCUUGGUCAUUGGCUAUCAUCAUUUACCAUUGUGGCCCAUGUUAAUGCGUCAGUGCCCUGCCACGUCAUCUGUUUAAUGUACUUGUAUCUGGUUAUUUUUACCUUUUUUAAGUGAUGAUGAGGAUAUACGUCCGUCUUACGCACUGCGAGUUAAAAGUCAGGAAUUACUCAGAUAUCUACAGGAAAUUUAGACCUAGUUUUGUAUCUAGUGAAGGACUAGAAGGGGCAGUCCAUUGAUCUGUGUCAUGCUCCGCCCCCUCGGGCCCUGCGCUAAGCAUUGUUCUUUUGAGUUGCAUUCAAGAUGGUGUCUUUCAAAAUAGCAUUAUAGUGACACCUAUUGGUAAUGAUGUAGAAUCCUGGCAAGGAGCCCUAUUUUUUUUCUGGUAUCCCCCCACCACUUCAUUCCAAAGCGACAUAGUUGGUAGCCAUAUGUCUUGGCGGCUCUUCUCCGGCAUGAGAUCCUCACCGUAGUGGCAUCAUGCACUGGCAUUGCCAUCUGUUGUUAAGCAGUGCCCCUAUUCAUUCUUAUUUCUAUAGAAAACAUCUCGCAGAUAUGUGAGUGGUUCCCUACUGUUGACUCACCAUUAGAGAUGAGCGAAACUUGUGUUCUCAAGUUCGGCGUACAGGGUUCGGGUUUUCUAAGAAUUCCGUUAAGGUUUCCGCUUUGGUAGCGGAAUCCAUAACAGAAUGCUUAGAUAAUCCGAACUUUGUACCCCGAACUUGACAACAGAAGUUCGCUCAUCCCUACCCACCAUGUAUAUAUCCCCAUUUUAAAAAAAAUAAAACAAUUUUUUUUUUUUUAUUCUUUCCAUUUCAACGAGCAGCAAGUUUCCAUAAUUAUCUGUACACAUAAAUGCUGUGGUAACAGGGCACAUCCUGCAUACAAAAUAUCUAUCCACUGUCUGAUUUUAUAUCCAUCAAUCCAUGGGUAAUGUUUAUACUGUGAUAAUUCUUGUAAAUUAUGUUGUUAUAUUGGAAAACUGAUGAUGUCAUCACAGCUGACAUCAUCACUGUUGUUUUUUUAAGUUUUAAUUUUUUUUUUAUUUGCAAGCCUCUUGCUAUAGAUAAGGUCACUGCAAGUCAUGUCAUUGUGUCAAGUGACCUUUCUUAAAGGAGCCUCAAAGGUUUAUUCUGUUAACAGAACUUCUGGUUGACUUGUAAUAUCCUUAUAAUGUCCAGUAGAGGUUAUGUAACCCAUUGUAAUUAUCUCAGCUUGUAGCCUUGUUGUAAAAGAAUAUCUAGAAGGCGUUUUAUAUUCUCCGAGACUUUUAAGAAUUCCCGGAUCUAUCAUUGGCUGAGGCUACUACGCAAAGAGCAGCGGCAUGUAUAUUUCAACCUUCUAUCAGGCUUUACAGAAUUGUUCUUAAUUAUCUAUUCAUUUUGCAUCAUUUUGUUCUUGACGAGAAUUUUAUGAAAGUUUUGGAGAGAGAAACAAGCUAUUAUUGGCUACUGAUGUUUAGUCCUAUACAAAUGUGAGGAUCUUAAUCAUGCAUGUAAAAUUGCAAGUCUCUUUCAAGGUUAAAAGAAAUGGAAUAUAUCAGUGAUAGAUAUGAGUGCUGCCUUCUCCCUGGCUAAAGAAUAUCGCCAAAGUGUGCUUUCUUUUAAAAUAAAAUGAAACUGUUGCCUUUGUUUUCA